AUGGCUUCUCGUCAGCAGCAGCCAAAGAAAAGGGAUAGAACCAACGAGAACUGCGACAAAGCAGUCAAAAACAUCAUGUGGCGUUGUGAGCAGAUCCGACGACGGUACGGGGCCGAUGUGUACGUCCAAGUCCGCUUCAAAAGCAGGUUCUAUGAAUACACGUCUUCCAAUGAGCACAAUUUCCCUAAAUCUCGCGCUGAGUUGGCUAAGGCUUGGAAGAAAACGAUCUACCCGGUUCCUGUGACAAGAUCGCCACUGGACUAUGCGGAAAGAAUAUCUCGAUGCGACGUCAAAGGUUAA